AGGUUUUCUUAUCUCGCCCACUGGUAUCAAAAUGCGCUCCUGGAUUGCUCCCCUCUCCGUCGUCCUCGCUACGAUGACCGAAUUCUCCAACGCCUUCACCCCCACCGCUGUUCCGGCUAACCUCCGUCCAUCUCGCACCGCCAGCUGCGCUCUUCGCAUGGGCCUCGACCAAGAGCUCUCGCGCAGGAGCCUCAUCCAGGGCUUGUCUGUGGCUGCUGCUGGUGCUGCUCUUCCUGUAUUUGCAGCAGAGAAGACGAGCAAGAAAGGGAGUGAGGCUGUGAUCGUGAAGCCUGGCCUGUCCUACGUCGACAAGAAGAAGAACGAUGGGAUCCUGAGCGGGCUGACCGCUGGCGUGAACGAGGGAGACUUUGUUGUCAUCGACUACAUCGCGUACCUUAGAGACGGCACCAUCUUCGACAACACGCGCAAGAGAGGCAAGCCUGUCGCCUUCCAGGUCGGGAAGAAGCAGGUGGUCCCAGGCCUCGACCAGGGGAUCAUUGGGAUGAAGGCAGGAGAGGCAAGGCAGAUCUUUAUGAAAUCUGAGUUUGGUUAUGGAGCACGAGGAGUUUGUCUCGAGGAUAAGGGUUGCUUGGUUCCUCCUAACACUGAUCUCGUCUACGACGUUACGCUCAUCAGUGUUGGACCUUCGCCAAUCUAAGAGACUGGUGUGUUGUGGAGGAGAUGCGAGGGGUUCGAGUAGCAGGAUACAGCAAGUCUCCCUCACGUGCC